GAGAAAGAGAGACAGAGAGAGGCAGAAUCUUGGUUUUCAACCCCAUCUUGCUGCACCUUUUCCCAUUUAACAUGGAGCCUCAGUAUUUAAUGGCGGUGGUACUGAGCCUGGCCAGUCAAGUUGUGCCAGGCCCUGAGCCCCUCACUGGGCCAAGAUGCACCUAUACCUUCAUCUUGCCACAGCAGAAGUUCACGGGGGCCGUGUGCUGGAGCAGCGUGCGCCCUCCUCCAGACCCACCAGGCCCCAAUCGCAGCGAGGUAGAGGAGCUGCGCCUCCAGCUGAGCCGGCAGCAGGCCCAAAUGGACGAGCUACGUCGCCUGGUGGAAGUGGAUGGGGCGGUAGUGAGCGAGGUCAAGGCACUGCGCAAGGAGAGCCGCAACGUCAAUGCUCGCGUCACCCAACUCUAUACUCAGAUGCUCCAUGAGAUCCUCCAGCGACGAGAUCGGACCGUUCCAGCCUCCCUGCUUGAAGGUCGAGUGGCCAAUGCCUCUGCCGAGGCCUUACGCGUGGCUGCCAAUUACCGGCAGCUGGAGGUCAAGUACCAAGCCCUGGCUGCCCUGGUCAACAACCAAAGUGCUCUCAUCAGCCGGCUGGAGAGAGAAUGUCAGCAAGGAUCAAGCGGCCGGACGCGUCCACAGCCACCUCUGGUGCCAGUGGUACCUCACAAUCUUGUAAGCGCUACCAACGAAAGCAAGGUCUAUUUUGAUGUAACCAAUGACAUCCAGCGGGAUCAGAUGGCAUCUGCCCAGCAGUGGCUGCUGCACAAGGCUUCCACUCCACCAGAGGGCACUGUCCAGCCUUUGGCUGUGAUGCCCACCAAAUCAACGGGGCCCUGGCAUGACUGUCAAGCAGCUCAACAGGAUGGGCAGACCAGUGGCAUCACCAUGCUGCAACCAACAGGUGGACAAGGCAUCAUCCAGGCCUGGUGUGAUCAGGAGUAUGAUGGGGGUGGUUGGACUGUCAUCCAGCGACGCCAGGAUGGGUCGGUCAAUUUCUUCGUCACCUGGCAGCACUACAAGAACGGUUUCGGGAACCUGGAAGGAGAGCACUGGCUAGGCUUGGAGCCUAUCCACUGGCUGACCCGUCCGGGCUCCUACAGGCUCCGGGUGUGGAUGGAAGAUUGGAGUGGGCGGCAGGCUCACGCUGAAUAUGACACCUUCUCCCUGGAGCCCGAGAGUGAUUUCUACCGGUUACGGCUGGGGCGCUAUCGAGGCAGCGCCGGGGACUCCCUCUCCUGGCACAACGGCCGGCAGUUCAGCACACUUGACCGUGAUCACGAUGCUUACUCAGGGAAUUGCGCUCAUUACCAGAAAGGUGGUUGGUGGUACAAUAUGUGCGCCCACUCCAACCUCAAUGGCGUCUGGUAUAAAGGUGGGCAUUACCGAAGCCGUUAUCAGGAUGGAGUCUACUGGGCAGAGUUUCAUGGGGGUGCUUACUCACUCCGCAAAGUGACAAUGAUGAUCCGGUCCACACAUGGCACAUAAUUUCUGUUCACGAUGGUAAGAAAGGACACACACCAAGGAGAAGCCCAGCCGUACUUUAAAACCGAGUUGAAAUUAGAUGUACUAUCUUUUGUCUGGGAUUUAACGCCAAGGAGACUGUGAGUGAUUAGCAACAAUGGUUCAGCACUGUGCUGAUUGGCUGGUGCUAGCUGGAUCACAAAGACACCCAACUUAUCUUCUAAAAUUAAUAACUGAUUUAAAAAAAAUCAGUGUGUUUUAAAAAAGCAAAUAAGGAUGAACAAACUUUCCUGUGUAUAAAUGUACAAGGUGGGUCCUAAACAGUUAAACACUACUUAAAGCUUGGAUGAGGAAUAAAAUGGAGUAGGACAUCAA